AUGAUCCAGGAUGUUUCAAUGAAAAUCAUGGCAUUUUCUCAACAAGGGUCCAGAGCUAUUUGCGUUCUUUCAGCAAAUGGUGCAAUUUCAAAUGUUACACUUCGUCAGCCUAAUUCUUCUGGGGGUACUUUGACAUAUGAGGGUCGUUUUGAGAUACUUUCUUUAACUGGAUCAUAUAUGCCAACUGAUAAUGGCGGAACAAAAAGCAGAUCUGGUGGGAUGAGUGUCUCUUUGGCCGGCCCGGAUGGCCGUGUUUUGGGGGGAGGACUUGCUGGCCUUCUAGUAGCUGCUGGUCCUGUUCAGGUUGUGCUUGGCAGCUUUCUUCCUGGUCACCAGCAGGAACAGAAGCCUAAGAAGCAGAGAUUUGAGCACACAGCAGCUUUCACUCUUACCCCUGCUAAUCGUCUAUCUGAAGGAGGAUCUGAGGGUGCAUAUAGUGGACCAAAGCCAACUUUCACUACUUCCUCGUCCUUCCAUGAAGACAACCCAGCUUCAUUGAAUUCCAUGAAUGGUUCUAAGAUUUCUGCUUCUGAAAACAACGUAUCUUUGUCUGGAGGAGAACCUAAAGACCCCAGCCAGUGAGGUUUCUUGCUGAUGCAUAUGCUCUGUAUGAUUUGUUGUACCUUAGCAGUUUCUAGCAGAUUUGUGCCUUUUAGUCACACUCCCCUUUGUCUGACCCAUAUAUGUAGUCAUUGACUGCUUAUUAUGAUAGGACCACAUAGGUGUUUUAACUUUGAGCCUGUUUAACCCAGAUUACUCGUCUUUCUGGAUACUAGGUUAGGACUUACACUUCAGUUGGUAGGCUUAUUCUGCAGUUGUUGUGUCAUCAUAUGUUAUCUGGUGUUGUCUCAUUUGUUGAUGUAUGAAACUGGGGUUGUCAUUCUCAGAAGACUGACUGACCUUGUAUUUGAAAGAUUUGAGUUUUAUGCCGAUGUUAUUUGUUCAUGGAUGAGUUGUGAUUUAAA